CGUACUCUUUUUAUCUUUUCUAUACACCAUCUCAUUCUUCAAACAUGUCUUUCACCUCAAUUUAUAAGGAUUUCACUUGGUGGAUGUUUGCCUUACCUGCUAUUCUUGAAACCCAAAACUUUUUUAAUCUGCUCAUCCCUACAUUUCUUAUCUUUGUGGUAAUUAGUGUUUUCACUUGGGCUUUUACCGCCGGUGGCUCGGCUUGGAAAAAUGGACUGAACUGUAUGGGCUGGGUUCCCAUUCCUGGACCCAAAGGUCUUCCUAUUUUCGGCAGCUUAUUCAGCUUGAGCCACGGCUUAGCUCACCGCACUCUUGCUUUUACGGCUUCCACUUAUGGUGCCACUCAAGUCAUGGCCUUUAGCUUGGGUUCGACCAGGGCUAUCGUGUCAUCCGACCCAAACAUAGCCCGGGAAAUCUUGACCUCCCCACAUUUUGCGAACCGACCGGUCAAAGAGUCGGCUAAGCAGCUCAUGUUUAGCCGAGCCAUUGGUUUCGCACCCAAUGGAACAUAUUGGCGGCUCUUGAGGAAAAUUGCCUCAUCACAUCUUUUUGCACCUAAGCGCAUUUCAGCCCAUGAAAGGGAAAGGCAGCUAGAAUGCACCUCCAUGUUAGUUUCUAUAGCCAUAGAACAAAACGUGCAUGGCUCAGUAACUCUAAGAAAACACCUUCAAGCUGCUUCCCUUAAUAACAUAAUGGGAAUUGUGUUUGGGAAAAGAUAUGAAAUGAUAGAAGAAAAUAAUGAGGCCAAAGAACUUCAAGAAAUUGUGGCUGAAGGAUUUGAGUUAUUGGGAGCUUUUAAUUGGUGUGAUCACUUGCCAUGGCUAGAGUAUUUUUAUGACCCUUUUCACAUCAAGGAACGAUGCUUAGCACUUAUCCCUCGAGUUGAAAACUUCGUUAAGAAGAUGAUUCAAGAGCAUAUUAAUAACGGAAAAUCCAAAAAGAUUUCAGAAGCUUAUGAUUUUGUUGAUGUUUUGUUGGCAUUAAGUGGUGACGAGAAACUUCAUGAGGAGGACAUGGUGGCUGUUUUAUGGGAAAUGAUCUUUCGAGGUACCGAUACAACUGCACUUCUAACCGAAUGGGUAAUGGCAGAAUUAGUUCUGAACCAAAAAAUCCAAGAAAAACUUCACAAUGAGCUAGAAACUAUAGUAGGGAAUGAAAAUGUAACAGAUGCACAUAUUGCCAAAUUGCCCUACCUUCAAGCAGUCAUAAAAGAAACUUUAAGACUACAUCCUCCGGGCCCACUGUUAUCGUGGUCCCGGCUAUCCAUCUCCGAUGUCCACCUCAGCAACGGCAUGAUAAUUCCGGCCAACACAACGGCCAUGAUCAACAUGUGGUCCAUCACACAUGACCCUAACGUGUGGGAGAAUUCGUUGAUGUUUAAGCCGGAGAGGUUCUUAGGGAUGAAUUUUGAUGUUAGAGGUAAUGAUUUAAGGCUUGCACCAUUUGGAGCUGGAAGAAGAGUUUGCCCUGGGAAGAAUUUAGGGUUGGUUACUGUGAGUCUUUGGGUGGCUAAGUUGGUAAAGAAUUUUAUGUGGGUUGAAAAUGAGACUCAGCCUGUUGAUCUUAGUGAAGUUUUGAAGCUUUCUUGUGAAAUGAAGCAGCCACUUUCUGUUAUGGCUGUUCCAAGAAAUGGUGGAAUAACUACUGAUUACUCCCGGAAUUGCGUUAUCAGAGCCGAGCCAGGAAUGACUGUUAGUGGACAUCCAUCACUUUUUACCGGUUAAAGAGGACCUCUUAAAUUAAUACAUUAAAAAAAUAUGGCUUUCUUGAUUAGGGUUUUGAUUCCUAAUCUAACAAUAUGGAGAUAUCUGAACUAGGGUUUACCAAUGUUUCAUUUUACCAGCAAUUACUAUAAUGUAUAAUGCAUAUACUAUUAUUCUAAAUAUUGAAGGAAGAAUAAACUUGUCGGACGAAUUUAAGAUAGUGACUAAUGUAAGCACUCUUUAAUUUCUGUUCCGAUAAGGUUGUAUUACUGUAUACUUUUUUCACCUGUGGA